GAGAGCCCCCCACCCCGUGGCUGGGCUUCGGAGGAGAGGGGCGGGGAAGAGGUCGCGUGAGGAGAAGGCGGAGCGAAGAUGAUCCGGUUCUGCCUGUGAGGGACAAAACCUGAUACGAACCGACCUUUGCGAAACUCUCCCUGUUCGCCCUUUGGCCAGAGACGCCGAAGAUCCGGCGACGGACCACAUUAAUUCAUUAUUAAGAUGCCGUUUGCUCGUCCCUCACGCAAAACAAAAGGCUUCCCGAAACGGUGCCCUCCGGAUUCCUGCUUCCAUCAUCCCCAGCCACAGCUAACUCCACCUGGGGCUCGUUGGAGGCUACCGGAGUGGCAUCUCUCGAGGGUCCAGAACUCUCCGGGGUUCUUCAUAAAAGAACUUGAGCACAGGCAGGCCUGGGAGUCGCUAGGAUGGGAGACCACCAGGAGAGAUUUCAGGGAGAGAGAGCGCCAUUCAGUCCAGGCUGCUCCAGAAUGGAAGGUGGAGAAAGCAGUGCGGAUCUUGUAAUUAACAAAAGAUUUGUCUCAGAAGCUGAGUUAGAAGAACGCCGCAAGCGAAGACAGGAGGAAUGGGAGAAGGUUCGGAAACCUGAAGACCCCAAAGAAUGUCCUGAAGAAGUGUAUGACCCCCGUUCUCUCUAUGAAAGACUUCAGGAACAGAAGGACAAGAAGCAGCAGGAGUUUGAAGAACAAUUCAAAUUCAAAAAUAUGGUCAGGGGCCUGGAUGAAGAGGAGUCCAAGUUCCUUGAUGAAGUUUCUCGGCAGCAAGUCCUGAUCGAAAAGCAGCGUCACGAAGAAGACCUCAAGGAACUGAAUGAGUACCGGUUUGUCAAAAGUCGGAGCCAGCGCCGACUUGAAGAAGGAAGCAGACAAGAAACUCUCGGUAAAAUCAGAAAACAAGAGCAAAUUUUCUCAGGCCAAACUGUUGGCAGGAGCUGUGAAACACAGAAGAAAAACCCUCUUGCGUCCCCCUGGGCAGCAGCGCCGUCAGCGGCUCCACCCUCCACUGCCCCUCGGCCGCGGUAUGCAUCGGCAUCCUGCCCGGCCUCGGGGCUUACUCAGGAAGCAGCGACUCCGAAUCCAGCUCGGACAGCGAAGGCACCAUCAAUUCGACGGGCAAGAUUGUCUCCUCCGUCUUCCGCGGCAGCAAUUUUUUUGAUGCGCCGCUCUAGGCCGCUUCUCGGAGUCUCACUCAGAACUCGUGUCCUCCUUCAUCCCAUGUGUUUCCUCAAGCUCACAUCUCCCCCCCCCCCGACCUCCUUUUUUUUGGGACAACACCAAAAUAAUGUACUGCAGCAGUUUUUCAUAGUGUCUCAGCCUCCCCUUUCCCCGUGUGUUGUCCCCUCCCAAAAGCCUUCCCCCAACACUGCUUCAUUUGAGGGGAGUCUAGCCAGGAAGGAGAAGGUUCAGGGGUACCCAUUGAGAACGAAACACUGGAUCCCCUGAAGGGCGAGGAUGAGAAGAGCUGAAAAACAGUGGGGCGAUUGCAUAAUUUUUGGAAAUAUUCUAAGAAGAGAUUGGAGGCAGCCUCACUGCAAGGCAAAAUGGUCCUUCCUCUAGUUAAGAGUCAUUGUGUGACGUAGUUAAAGAGGAAGGGAGAGGCCACACAAUCACACAGGCGGCAAGAAGCGAAUUUUGACAAGUGUCACCAAGUUUCCAUGUUGCAUUUGAUUAAAAAAAAACAUCUCGAGGCAUUAAAAAAAAUUGGGGGGGGGGGGAGAGUUGCCCUUCACGUUUCUCCACUGAAGUCCUUCUGCCAUGCUUUGCUAUCUUCUCUUGAUCUCCUGGCUGGGUCUCCUUGGUAGCCAAACUUCCUCUUAACUCUGGAGUUUUAAAGUCGAUGGUCAGUUCCAGAAAAUCUUGAGCUUCCAUUUAAGGCGAUCGUGAUUUUUUUUUUUAAAUUCUCCCUGCUAGACUGCGAAGGAGCUUUUGAAGGAGCGGCUGGACUUAGUGUGGAAGCAUUAAAUAAUAUCCCUAGUAGUUACUUCACAGUGCCUAAAAUACCAGAGUAAUCUCAUCAUGGCUAGGAAUCUGGGAGGAGGCCAGUCAGGAACCGGGAUUCUCUAGAACCGGGGUCUCCAACCUUGGCCACGGUAAGCCUGGAGGACUUCAACUCUCAGAAUUCCCCAGCCAGCUGCCUGGGUAAUUCUGGGAGUUGAAGCUCACCAGGCUUAAAGUGGCUAAGGGUGGAGACCCCUGCUCUGGUGGACCUACACUGCAUGUAGUUCUACUUUAAUGCUUUGAUUGAUGUACAAAUGAAACCUUUAAUGUUCACCCAGUUGAUGUGAGCUCUGUUUUACUGAAGAAAAGCUAUUAAACCCCUGGCUGUCGGACAGCCUCCGCUGGGAAACUCUACACUUUUCUGGCUGCUUUGUAGGAAACCUAUUCGAAUCCAGGUCCAAUUGGGCCAGGUUCCAACCACUUGGAUGGAUGCGCUUUCGUCAUCGAAAGAGUUGGAG